AGGGGGCAUGGCAAUGCAUAUUGCGGGCAUUUAUUUUUUUUUGUUUGUGACAAGUGGAAGCUUUGUUUUUGCCAAUAUUUUGGUUGCUGUGGUGACCACCAAUCUGGAAAUAGCAAUGGAUGACUAUAUGAAGCAGUGUGCUAUAGAGCAGAAGAAAAAGGGGAAAGAAUCUGAUGGGCUGGUUCAUCUGAGCAUUGAAGAAACAUCGAAACAAGUCCCUCUUAUGGGGGAACCUUGCAUACAGGACCCCAUUGAAAACCUUGAUAUUGAGAAAUUUGAAAACUUAACAUUCAUCAUCCAACUUAUGAAGGACAACAUGGAGGAGUAUAUUACAUUUCGUCAAGAAUUAGACAGAAUCAUUCAGGAGGUCCAGGAGCUUCCUGUCAAUCAAGGAAGACAGGAGGAGAUGAUGAGGCGGCAUCAAAUGAUGAGAAAACUGAGUGAUUCUGUCUUGAAGGACAGUGUUGCUUCUGGAAGAAGUGGUGAUGUGCUGUCCACACUAAUAAUGCUGGAAAAGGCAAAUGUUAUCAACACAGAACUGGACUUUGUAGUGAAAGAUAGUGUAAGAAGGAGACCACGUUAGUAAAAAGCAGACAUGGUGCUUUUGAUGAAAUCAAAAUCCUAAAUGGUCUUGAUUUGUAGAUGGAUGUAUCAGUUAACAAUUCACAUUUCUAGAGUUACACUCAUAGGUAAGCAAACAUAUCAAAGAGAGAGC